UUUUGUUCUGUGUCGGCUGUGCAUCUUGACUGGUAGAUGCGUCCUUCGUCGGCGAGAAAGAGCUGGCUUUCACCUCCUCGUCACCACAAUUCUGUCUAGCCAAUCAGACUGAUGACACCACGACCGACUUUCUAGAUUAGCUCGCUGAAGAGAACUCCAGCCUUCGUUACCAUCAUUUCUGCUGUUGGAAAGCUACUAUCGCCUGGGAACCUAGCAUUGUGAAGCAGCCAUGAAUCGGUGCCGUCGUGAUCUGGAUUCUCUCCUAUCGAACAGCUCGAGCGAGAGCGCCCCUGACGUUGCGGAAGUGACAAUGCAUGCAGCUUUACAGACUCCAGAAUUCCGGGAGUCAACGAGAACGAGCAUUGCUCCUGGCAGCAGCCUGUCGCCGACAUCAAUCGGCCGUUCUGUCGACAGCAGGGGACGUAGCAGGAGGACGCUCCGAUAUUCCCCGUACGUCCUGAAGAGGAGCAGCUACAAUGCGGAGACAUUGCAGGAGAAUGGAGAAGUCCCGCUUCCGUCGCUUGCAGCUGUCACGGCAGACGAGCCAGUUUUGAGACCUGAAGAGCCUGCGUCGAGCGUCAGCGAUUCCAAUGAUGUGACAACGUUGGGAAAGCUUCAUCCCGAAUCAUCAGACUCUUUCCCUGGGCUUCAGAUGGAUUCAGAAUGCAUGGAGGAGCCUGAUCUUGGCGCUCAAAGUCCAAGUAAUGUGCUUUCUCCUCUGGUGAAGCACGCCGUCACAUCAUGUGAUUUCCCAGCUACUCCGCUGUUGUCGCGGAAGCGGAAUCAACCGUCGGCGGAAUCGAUCUCUGCAUGCGUCACUCCCGUCGCCCAGCGUCGGUCAGCGGACGCCUCUGUUUCGCUUCGCUGCCCCGGAGCUCCCCGCAAGGCGUCGCACGCCAGCGACAGCCGUCACGUGAUGACGAGCCGAUUGAUUCUUGCGUCGCAGCGAAUGCAGCAAAUGCUCUUAACCGUCCCGGUCUGACGGAUCCACACAUUGCGGUUUUGACGAUGUCACGCGCUGAUCUACUGAUAUUUACGUGGUUUGACUCAUGGAGAGCUGUCGCGGACAGUGCUGAUAGUAAGCCUUGGGAUGCGACUAACCGACAUGGGGUGUUCAGGAUGACUUCUCUCGCCUGGCCGCCGGUUUCCAUGCCAUGGCCGACUGAACUCUGAUGUGACAUUCUGAUCUGUGACUGCUGAUCUCCUGACCACAAGCUGGCUCCACUUGUUCCUCCUCUCCUGCUCCUGCCUCUUCGGUUAGGUUUCUUUUUGUAGUUAAUCCCCUCAUUCUAGAAGUUUCCGUAGAUGAGGUCAUCUUCCUAUGUACAGAUUAUCAGAACUGAAU